AUGAUCGAGUAUUUCCGAUUCAUGCUUUGGACCGGAGAGGGGGACUACAAACGCAACCUUUCUUUAUUCUCCCCUUUCUCUCAAACAUUCUUCAUCCUCCUUUUUUUUUUUUUUUGCAAAUUCAAUCGUCGUCAUCUUCUUUCCCUCUUUUGGUUCGAGAGGGAAACAGGAAGAAGAAAAGGUGAUCUUUUUUUUUUUGGAGCGCCAUGGGCCAAGCUUUCGGUAGGCUUUUCGAUACCUUAUUUGGCAAUUCGGAGAUGAGGGUUGUUAUGCUGGGGCUGGAUGCAGCUGGCAAAACAACAAUCUUGUACAAGCUGCACAUAGGAGAAGUUUUGUCAACUGUUCCCACCAUCGGUUUCAAUGUUGAGAAAGUUCAGUACAAGAAUGUGAUGUUCACAGUUUGGGAUGUCGGUGGCCAAGAGAAACUGAGGCCCCUUUGGAGGCAUUACUUCAAUAAUACCGAUGGACUUAUAUAUGUAGUAGACUCCUUGGACCGAGAGAGGAUUGGGAAAGCGAAGCAAGAAUUCCAGACCAUCAUAAAAGACCCGUUCAUGCUCAACAGUGUCAUUCUGGUAUUCGCAAACAAGCAGGACAUGAAAGGAGCGAUGACACCGAGGGAAGUAUGCGAAGGGUUAGGUUUGUUUGAUAUCAAGAACAGGAAAUGGCAUAUACAAGGAGCAUGUGCUAUUAGUGGAGACGGCCUCUACGAGGGCUUGGACUGGUUAGCCUCGACGCUCAAGGAGGUCAAAGCUUCUGGAUACUCGUCGAUUAUUCCCUCGUUUUGAUCUUUUCAGGUAAUAUAUGCACUUGAUCGAUCCACUGCUGAAACACUUCAUUUCGGCUUAUACAAUAUGGUAAUCAAUCAAAAAAUGUGUAGAAACUGUCAUUGGUUCUGAAAGCUAAAUCUAGUGGUUGUAUCGAUAGGGCUCUUCCAUCUAUGGGAACUCUUGUAUAUUAUGUUGGUGAAAUGUAUCUCUCACCUUGAAACUA